CGCAAACACACACUUACAUGAAGACAAGUGAAGAUGGCGGACGUGUUGAGUGUUCUUCGACAGUAUAACAUACAGAAAAAAGAAAUUGUCGCUAAAGGAGAUGAAGUCAUAUUCGGGGAGUUUUCCUGGCCAAAAAAUGUCAAGACCAACUACAUAAUCUGGGGAACUGGAAAAGAGGGGCAACCCAAAGAGUACUAUACUCUAGACUCGAUCCUCUUCUUGCUCAACAAUGUGCAUCUCCCCCAUCCAUCCUAUGUGCGAAGAGCAGCAACAGAGAACAUCCCUGUUGUCAGAAGACCUGAUCGAAAAGGCUUGCUCUCAUAUCUCAAUGGCGAGAGUUCUACUUCCACAAGUAUCGACAGAAGUGCCCCCAUUGAAAUAGGUUUGCAAAGGCCCACACAAGUCAAAAGAGCAGCUGAUGAGGUAUCUUCAGAAGCCAAAAAGCCAAGGAUUGAGGAUGAAGAACGAGUGCGUUUGGACAAGGAGCGUCUGGCUGCCCGUCUGGAGGGCCACAAAGAAGGCAUCGUGCAGACUGACCAGAUCAGAUCACUGUCUGAGGCCAUGUCGGUGGAGAAGAUCGCUGCCAUCAAAGCAAAGAUCAUGGCCAAAAAACGUUCCACUAUCAAAACAGACCUGGAUGAUGACAUCACUCUCAAGCAGAGGAGCUUUGUGGACGCAGAGGUGGAUGUCACUCGGGAUAUCGUCAGCAGGGAGAGGGUCUGGAGAACCAGGACGACCAUUCUUCAGAGCACUGGAAAGAACUUCUCCAAAAACAUCUUUGCCAUUCUUCAGUCAGUGAAAGCCAGAGAAGAAGGGCGAGCACCAGAGCAGAGACCAGCACAGAAUGCUACUCAAGUGGACCCGUCCAUAAGGAACAAACAGCCCGUCCCAGCCGCCUACAACAGAUACGAUCAGGAGCGAUUCAAAGGAAAAGAGGAAACUGAGGGCUUCAAGAUUGAUACCAUGGGGACCUACCACGGCAUGACCUUGAAGUCAGUGACGGAAGGAGCGUCUGCCAGGAAGGCCCAGACCCCAGCGCUGCAGCCAGUCCCACGUCCAGUUUCACAAGCUAGACCCCCGCCAAAUCAGAAGAAAGGGUCCCGGACCCCCAUCAUCAUCAUCCCUGCCGGCACCACCUCCCUCAUCACCAUGCUUAAUGCUAAGGACCUUCUGCAGGACCUCAAGUUUGUCACAUCAGAGGAGAAGAAGAAGCAAGGUAUCCAGCGGGACAAUGAGGUGUUGCUCCAGAGGCGUAAAGACCAGAUCCAGCCUGGCGGGACAACACUCAGCGUCACUGUGCCCUACCGUGUCAUCGACCAGCCUCUCAAACUUGCCCCACAGGACUGGGAUCGCGUCGUGGCCGUUUUUGUCCAGGGUCCUGCAUGGCAGUUCAAGGGUUGGCCUUGGCUGCUCCCUGAUGGAUCCCCAGUUGACAUUUUUGCCAAAAUUCGAGCCUUUCAUCUUAAGUAUGAUGAGGCAAAGACAGAUCCCAACGUGCAGAAGUGGGAUGUGACUGUUCUUGAGCUGAGCCAUCACAGACGCCAUCUGGACCGGCCUGUCUUCCUGCGCUUUUGGGAAACUCUUGACAGAUACAUGGUCAAACACAAAUCUCAUCUCAGGUUCUGAACCCAGACCAUGGCAUCCUAUAUCCAGCGAUACCACAGAUGAAUUCUUCCACCUUCUGACUCUCCUUGUUCAAACCUUGCAAUGUCCCUGUCAUGCAAGCCCCCUUCCAUCAUGAUCCCCAUUUUAACUGAGGACAAGAAGGAUGGGAUAGCCAGGGGACACAUCCCUCCCCCUCCUCUUUUCAACCCUUAUCAGAGGACUUCUGAUGUUAUACCAUGGAUAUGUUGUUAUGGAAACUGCAGAGAUGUAGGAGAUUUAUGUUUUUGUUUAAUGUCUAUUUCCCCAAAGUUUUUAUUCAGUUACACAAUAAACCAAAACUAUGUUUUAUACAAAAAACAGCUUACUUUGGAGCUAUUGAGUAACAUUGUAGUCUGGAAGAUAUCUGAAAUGUGGAGGGAAGAAAAGGACUUUUUGCAUUUGUGUCCCUUGUAAAAAGAAUAAAUGUGUAUUCCACUUGGAGCUGACUAGAUGGGGAGUGACAUUAUACUGUAACUCUUGGUACAAACAAAAUGGCCCCAAAGCACAAGGCUUAGUAGUCAUUUUGUCACUGCCUUGUCACAAUUUUCAGUUUUCUAAUUGUUACUUUACAUCUUUUUUUCUUUUGGACUUAGUGCAUAGGGAUUCAUUCAUACAUGUAAAGGGUUCAAACCACAUUUGAAUAUUUGUGGUUCGAAUGUGAAUAUGGUGAAACUCCUCAGAGCCAAAGGUCUUUGAGCAGGGAGGGGGAUGAAGUCAGGUGAUGUGUUAAUACUUUAGAAAACUACUCUGGUUCUUUGAAAUGCUCUUGUGAUCAGAUCUCAGUUCAGCAGUCUGUUCCUAGUUCAAUUUUUGCCUUGAAAUGUUUUUGACAGAUCAGCACAUUAACUCUUGGCCAUGGAAUGGCCAAGAGAGUCUCUUUUUUGUUGUUUGUUGGUAUUGUGCUGAAGGACAGAAAUGAUGGAAUAUAUUGCUUUAAGUCUUUACACAAUAGACAAUAAAGCCUCAGAGAAACUAA